AUGAUUGUGUGUUUCUGGAUCAAUAUUGUACAGAUUACCACUCAGCGAUAUCCAACCGUAAUCCGAUCGAUCGCCUUUGGAUCGCUUCACUCGAUAAAACAUAUCGGAUCGAUCGUUUGCCUCAUUUUUGUCACGCCACUACUGACCUCCUGGACCGUUGGAGCUUUCGUGAUUCCGGAGAUUCUGAUUGUUGUCACACUCAUUUUCGGACUCUUCCUUCAACCCGAAACAAAAGGGAAAGCGCUCAUGGAUCAAAUGGUCGAGGCAAACUACGGACGGCUUGAGAACGAAUUGCCUAGAGCGCUGAUCAGGCUGGCUGCUGGCCACAAAGUGGCGCAGAUGGAAGCAAGAGAGAAAUAUCGCAAAGAUUUCGAAGCAGCCCAAGCUGCUAAACGAGCUGGAAAGGACGUGUCCAGCCCGUGGGCAUUCAAGGAACCUACUCCAUCUACACGUCCUACGGCUAUCGGACAGGGAGCUGGAUACGAAUACCAGGCAAAAUCAGAGGAAGCUCAGUUAAAUCAUCAUACCAAUGAGGCUUUCGACAGCGAUGAUGACCGCCUUGAGGCCGACGAGCAUGUAUACGAUGACUUUUGCGAAAUGAUUUGUAAAUAUAUAAUAGAAAUAAAGCAUACACAA